AUGCCUAUGCUUGCCGAUCCUUCGCAGAGAUACCUCCCCUUCAACCCCGUUCCAUUUCCGAACCGAACAUGGCCGGACAAGGUGCACAAAAAGGCUCCUAUCUGGUUAAGUACGGAUCUUCGAGAUGGUAAUCAAAGUCUUGCCAACCCCAUGACGAAUCAACAAAAAACCCGUUUCUUUAGACAUUUAGUGCAGAUUGGUUUCAAAGAAAUUGAGGUAUCUUAUCCAGCUGCUUCUGAUACCGACUUCAACUUUUGUCAAGACCUGCAAAAGAAUGGAGAGGUACCGGAUGAUGUGUGGAUUCAAGUCCUGACACCAGCACGUGCUGAUCUGAUCAAAAGAACAUUCGAGGCGGUCGCUGGUUUGAAACACGUUAUUAUUCAUAUGUACAAUGCUACAUCCUGCCUCUUCCGAGAGGUAGUUUUCAACAAUGAUCGUGAAGAAACCGUUAAACUAGCAUCGGAUCACACCCGUCUUGUCCGAGAGCUUGCUGAACAAUAUGCCGUUUCUCAUGGAACGAGUUUCCGAUUCGAAUACUCCCCCGAAACAUUCUCUCAGACUGAGACUGAAUAUGCUGUCGAGGUUUGCGAAGCUGUGAAAAAGGUGUGGCUCGCUGGAGAAAAGAGUGUUUGGGCAGAUGGUCGCAAGGAGGAAAGAAUUAUCUUUAAUCUUCCUGCGACGGUCGAGGUAGCAACUCCUAAUUGCUUUGCUGAUCAAGUGAGUCUCACUGCACUUGAACUCGCUGACAUAAAAGCCGCCGCAGAACUAGGGGUUCUCGCCGGUGCGGACCGGAUCGAAGGGACAGUGCUAGGAAACGGAGAACGUACUGGAAACGUUGAUUUAGUCACUUUGGGUCUUAAUUGUUACUCCCAAGGUAUACCUCCACACCUCGACUUUUCCGAUAUGUUCUCCAUUAUCGACACUGUCACCGAGUGUACUGGCUUACCAGUCCAUCCUCGACAUCCGUAUGCAGGUGAAUUGGUAUUCACUGCCUUCUCUGGUAGUCAUCAGGAUGCCAUCAAGAAAGGCUUUGAGGCCCAGAUCAGUCGAGAGAAAGCUGGCGACAAACACUGGAGCUUGCCAUAUCUACCAAUAGAUCCAGCGGAUGUGGGUUGCACAUACGAAGCAGUCAUCCGAGUCAACUCGCAAUCUGGUAAAGGAGGUAUCGCGUACAUUGUCAAAUCAGCUCUUGCGCUCGACCUGCCUCGACGCAUGCAGAUAUCGUUCUACAAGGUUGUUCAGGAUCAAUCAGAAACUACUGGAAAAGAAAUGACUUCAAAGGACAUCACUACCGCGUUCCGACAGACUUAUCAUCUGGGUGGCUCUAUUUACGAUGGGAGACUUGUGCUCAAGUCGUUCGUUACGGUCGAUAUUCGCUCCGCUACUCCUUCAGCUAUCGUUACUCCCAGUCUCAGUCCCGACCGAUCGCGAUCUCAUAGUCGUGUAGCUUCUCUGACGGGUGCCAUCGUGGAAGCUAGUCCCGAUCGAAGUCUCGACGCAAACCUACCUUCCGCUUCAAAACGACUCACGGCUAAGAUACUUGUCGAUGGCAAAGUGCAUGAGAUCGCCGGUGAAGGAAACGGUCCCCUUUCCUCCUUCCUUGAUGCGCUACAGGGAGACCUUGGAAUAACCCUCUCUGUCCGGGAAUACACCGAACACGCUGUCGGUGCAGGAUCUGAUGUCAAAGCUGCUACAUAUGUCGAGCUCAUUCCUCCUAAUGUUGAUGCCAAGGACAAGACAAAGGGAGGAUAUUGGGGUGUCGGCGUUGAUGCGGACAUUACGGCGAGUGGUCUCAAGGCCAUUAUCAGUGCCGCCAAUGGAUAUCUCGGUCAAAGCAUAAUUGAAUCCCUUGAAAACGCAUAG